ACAUUACGAAAAUAUUUACAAAACAAUUGGCGGAUUUCCUGAGAGUGGAGCCUGAUAAGAAUGGUUAAUGCCACGGUUGAUAAAUAAAAAUGUUUAUUUUCACGUUUGGCGGUCGACGGGAGUAUGAUGAAAAUUGUUAAAGUAUUACUGCUGUUGUCGGUUGCGAGAAACGUGACUCCAAGGAAACACACGAAGGUAUCAUCAGAUGAGAGUAUCGAAAAUCUUCUAUACUACCAGGACUGCAAGCAUUCCACAGCCCCUCCCUCAUCUUCGCCCAUACCUCUCAAAAUGAAAGAAGAGCUCCCAAAGCCUACAUGUCCUUUCCCGAAAAUGUGUUGUGCCAUGAGCUGCAACAACGAACCAUGUGUGGCAGAACAGCUCAAUGCAUACGGAAACCAGAUACAUUCCAAUAUAGAACCGAUGUCGCGCGUGCAAAACCGGUUUGGAGCUAAUCAGCCAUUUUUAAGAGCAAGAAAGAAAAAACUUAGACCACCACUGCCUCUAGGACAACCGCCUAACGGAAGAAGAGAUUUUGGGUUCACGAAGGAAAACAUAAAGAGCCUAAUCUCACAGGACGGGGAUAUCAGAAAGAUCUUGAAGGAUUUAGUGAGGGUGACGAUGCAGAAGGUGGACCUACAGGAGAUGAUAAAAAACAGAAGAAACGAUAUGUUAACGUCGACAACAACGACAACGGGAAAUCCAGAGGAUUCGGAAUACAUGACAGAUGAUUUGUAAA